AUGUCAGAAGAAGCACCCUUCCGACCACGUGAGAAGCUCCUCGAGAAACAAAAAUUUUUCCAAAGCGUCCACAAAUACACAUAUCUGAAGGGACCCUAUGAUAAGAUCACCUCUGUCGCCAUUCCAGCUGCUUUAGCUGCAUCUUCUUUGUUCCUUAUUAACUGCAGAAGUUUCCUGAAUUUGCUUGAUGGGUACUGCACGGCAUCUGGACAACAGGUGAAUUACAGCAAAUCCUUCAUCUAUUUGUCUCCUAAUGCUUCCCCCGAGUUAGAAGCUGAGAUUGGGGUAGCUCUUCGGAUCAACCCAACCACCGAUCCCGGAGUUUACCUUGGGAUCCCAGCAAAUCGGGGCAUAUCAAAAAAGGAGGCUUGA